AUGUCAUCAGGUGGUAGUGAUGAAGGUAGAGGUACAAGUAGAGCUAGAGGUACUAGUAAGAGAAAAGAUAAGAGACCUAUAGAUCCUACAUCUACUAGUAGUCAGUCCAUUCCGUUCGCUCCACAUAUGCAGUCUACUCCGCCUCUUUUUUUUAUGCCUGGCUCUUCUAUACAGGCCCAGUCUGGUCAGUGGGUCUUUCAGCCGGCACCACCUCAGUCAGCAUCAUUUACCUAUCCUACUUCUAUACCUAUACCUAUGUAUUGCCCACCACGUGGCAGAUCUCCUAGCACAUCGGCCAUUUUGUCUCCUUCUCCUUCUCCAAAUGGUACACCUCCAAGUGUAUCUAAUUUGCGCCUUAGAGAUAGCAGUUCUGAGCCUGAGUCACUGCCAUCCAACCAGUCUCAGACCCAUCUUCGUCCUCCUUCACCUGCACCUGCACCUGCUCCUGCUCCUGCUCCUGCACCUGCACCGGCUCCUAUACAGGCACCGAUAUAUCAUGGUUUACAUCCGGGAUAUAGAGAUGCGUCGGGUCGAAUUUUCAUCGUGCCUGAGGAAGCUGGGAAAUAUUGUCUUUUAUAA